GGAAGACAAAGGCCCAGAGUGGGGAAACAAUGAAGGGAGACACCAGGCCACUCAGCAGAGAGGAGGAUGCCAGCGGGAGGGAAGACUCCAUCAUCACCAAUGGGGACUGCAGCAACCAGUCUUCUGACUCCAAGGACGCGCCGUCACCCCCGAUCUUGGAGGCCAUCAGCACCCCGGAGAUCAGAGGCCGCAGAUCAAGCUCACGAUUGUCCAAGAGAGAGGUCUCCAGCCUGCUAAGUUAUACUCAGGAUCUGACGGGUGAUGGAGAUGGCGAUGAGGAAGAUGGAGAUGGCUCCGACACUCCAAUAAUGCCAAAACUCUUCCGGGAAACCAGGACUCGGUCUGAAAGCCCAGCUGUCCGAACCCGAAAUAACACCAGUGCCUCUGGCCGGGAGAGGCACAGGCUCUCCCUCCGUUCCACCCGAGGCCGGCAGGGCCGCAAUCACAUGGACGAGUCCCCAGUGGAGUUCUCAACUACCAGGUCCCUGAGGCGGCGCACGGCAUCGUUGGCAGGCACACCGUGGCCGUCCCCUGAGAGCCCCUACCCCACCAUCGACCUCACAGAUGACAGUGUGGUGCCCCAGAGCAGUAGUACCCCUUACACCCGCCUGGCUCAGGACAGUCAACAGGAGAACUUGGACUCCCCACAGAUGUAUACAGAGGGCAGAGAUACAGACGGCACUGAGUAUCAGGAUGGGAAGGAGUUUGGAAUAGGGGACCUUGUGUGGGGAAAGAUCAAGGGCUUCUCCUGGUGGCCUGCCAUGGUAGUGUCUUGGAAGGUCACCUCCAAGCGCCAGGCCAUGUCCGGCAUGCGGUGGGUCCAGUGGUUUGGCGAUGGCAAGUUCUCUGAGGUCUCUGCAGAUAAGCUGGUGGCCUUGGGGCUAUUCAGCCAGCACUUUAACCUGGCGACCUUCAAUAAGCUGGUCUCUUAUAGGAAGGCCAUGUACCACGCUCUGGAGAAAGCCAGGGUGCGGGCUGGCAAGACCUUCCCCAGCAGCCCCGGAGACUCAUUGGAGGACCAGCUGAAGCCCAUGUUGGAGUGGGCCCAUGGGGGCUUCAAGCCCACCGGGAUCGAGGGCCUCAAACCCAACAACAAGCAAACAGUGGUUAAUAAGUCGAAGGUGCGUCGUGCAGGCAGUAUGAAAUUAGAAUCAAGGAAAUACGAGAACAAGAAGCGCAGACGCACAGCUGAUGACUUGUCCACCUCCACGGACUACUGCCCCCAACCGAAGCGCCUCAAGACAAACUACAACAAUGGCAAAGACCGAGGAGAGGAGGACCAGACCCGAGAGCAAAUGGCUUUGGAUGUUGCCAACAACAAGAGUAGUCUGGAAGACAGCUGUUUGUCCUGUGGUAGGAAAAACCCCGUGUCCUUCCAUCCUCUCUUUGAGGGGGGACUCUGUCAGACAUGUCGGGACCGGUUCCUCGAGCUGUUCUACAUGUACGACGAUGAUGGCUAUCAGUCCUACUGCACCGUGUGCUGUGAGGGGCGCGAGCUGCUCUUGUGCAGCAACACAAGCUGCUGCCGGUGCUUCUGUGUGGAGUGCCUGGAUUUGCUGGUGGGCGCGGGCACAGCAGCCGAUGCCAAGCUGCAGGAGCCCUGGAGCUGCUACAUGUGCCUCCCGCAGCGCUGUCACGGGGUCCUGCAGCGCCGGAAGGACUGGAAUGUUCGCCUGCAGUCCUUUUUCACCAGUGACCCUGGGCUCGAAUACGAAGCCCCCAAGUUAUACCCUGCGAUUCCUGCAGCCCGAAGGCGGCCCAUUCGAGUCUUGUCCCUGUUUGAUGGAAUUGCCACAGGGUACUUGGUCCUCAAAGAAUUGGGGAUCAAAGUAGAGAAGUAUGUCGCCUCUGAAGUGUGUGAAGAGUCCAUCGCCGUUGGAACUGUUAAGCACGAAGGCAAUAUUAAAUACGUGAAUGACGUCAGGAACAUCACAAAGAAAAAUGUUGAAGAAUGGGGUCCCUUUGACUUGGUAAUUGGUGGGAGCCCAUGCAAUGAUCUCUCAAAUGUGAAUCCCGCCAGGAAAGGCCUAUAUGAGGGCACAGGCCGACUUUUCUUCGAGUUCUACCACCUGCUGAAUUACGCACGGCCCAAGGAAGGUGACGACCGGCCCUUCUUCUGGAUGUUUGAGAAUGUGGUAGCCAUGAAGGUUGGCGACAAGAGGGACAUCUGUCGGUUCCUGGAGUGUAAUCCAGUGAUGAUUGAUGCCAUCAAAGUGUCUGCUGCUCACAGGGCCCGAUACUUCUGGGGCAACCUGCCCGGGAUGAACAGGCCCGUGAUAGCAUCAAAGAAUGAUAAACUCGAGCUGCAGGACUGCUUGGAGUUCAAUAGGACAGCAAAGUUAAAGAAAGUACAGACAAUAACCACCAAGUCGAACUCGAUCAGACAGGGGAAAAACCAACUUUUCCCUGUUGUCAUGAAUGGCAAAGAAGAUGUUUUGUGGUGCACUGAGCUAGAAAGGAUCUUCGGCUUUCCUGUACACUACACGGAUGUGUCCAACAUGGGCCGUGUUGCCCGCCAGAAGCUGCUCGGGAGGUCCUGGAGUGUGCCUGUCAUCCGACACCUCUUCGCCCCCCUGAAGGACUACUUUGCCUGUGAAUAGCCCCCCAGCCACUCUGGGGCACUGGGGUGUGUGAGACGGAGCUGGGACCCCGGAGGUACAUCCCAGGCUCUGUCCUUCCUUAGCUCAACUGUGUGGGGCCACAGCAUGUAUCUUGGGCCACAGCCACCUGACACCCUCCUGGCAGAGGGUGCCCAGGUGCC